AAAAAGAUAACUGCGUUUUAAAGUUUGUACACAACUAUAUUAUAUGAAAUAAGCAACCGAUACACGCCAUCGAAGAGGGGAGGCAACAGAAGAAAUUUAAGAACCAGAAAGAAAAGUAAUAUGUUGAAUUCUUCAUCUGAAAUUUGGUGCAGUUACAUAUUGAAAUAAAAUAUGCGAUGGCUUCAGCAAGGUUAGUCAGAUUUAAGAAGCGUGGGCUGCUCAUGAUAGUUUCUUUGGUUGUCAUAUAUGGAUUUAUUCGCAUCUACGCCGGGAAUUUAGAUUUUAAACUAAUAGUGCCUUCAAAGUUACCAAAGCAUUAUUCUUUUAUAACUACCACACAGCUACCACACACCAACUUUCAUCGAGGACCGGGCUAUUUUAAAACGUGUAAACCUCAAUCGGAUGUUGUUUUUUUAAAAGUACACAAAGCUGGGAGUACGACCGUGAUGAAUAUAUUACUUCGUUAUGGAUUAUAUCAUAAACUCGUAUUUGUUUUGCCGAAGCACGACAAUUAUAUCAACAGACAAUCUGAGCUGGACGUCAGUAGAAUCAUUCCACCACCAAAGGGCAAACGUUACAAUAUUCUGUGUAACCAUUCCGUCUACAACAGAUCCGUAUUCCAUAGUUUAUUUCCUCCUGGUACUUUCUACCUUGCUAUCAUCCGGCAACCAUUUGAACAAUUUAAAUGGGCAUUUACUUAUUUCAAUAUGGCCCGAGUUGUAAAGCGCGUAAAAAUUUCUUCAACCAAUCCUAUCCGAGAUUACUUACAGAUACGAAACAAAAUUUCAAUUCCGAAGUUUAGGAAUUAUGUCAAUAAUCUAAUGGCGUACGAUUUCGGAAUCGCCCCGGAGAAUUUUACGAAUUACAAGGCAAUUAAAAACUACAUUGAAAUUCUUGAUAAAGAUUUUGACUUAGUGAUGAUAAUGGAGUAUUUUGAUGAAUCUCUUAUUCUACUUCGUAGAUAUCUUUGUUGGACCAUGAAGGAUAUCGUUUCAAUAAGAUUAAACGCACGCAAGAGUGAAAUCGAAACAUCAAUGGAUGACUUUGAAAGACACAAAAAUGUAACCAUGGCAGAUUAUAUGAUAUAUGAACACUUUUUCGGGACCUUUUGGAAAUUGGUCGCUUUAGAAGGACCUUCGUUCUUCAAAGAAUUGAGUCACUAUAAACAGAUACGAAAAAUAAUCGAAGCGUUUUGCAAAGGUGAAUCAAAAGAGAGAAAGGUUGUAAUUCCAAGUUCUCACUGGAAUAUGGCGUUUGAAAUAUCUAAAAUAGAAUGUGAACAUAUUGUUAUUGAAGAAUUAGCUUUUGUUGAUAUAAUCAGAAAAGGUUACAAAUAA